GGAGGUGGAAUCGAACCCGCACCCACCUAACUGUGAGGCGGACGUGCUACCCAGUGCGCCACCGAGCCGCCCUUAGGAUCCAUCCGUUGCAAAGUUUCUUUGAACCAUUGCAAAGACUGAGUUUUUUUUAUUUUUUGUAUGUGUAUUUACAAAGGAACCUUUGUUUGACUUUGAAGAAACCUCUAGGAAGUUUCUUUGAUAAGUGCAAUCAGGCAUUGGUGUAAUGCAUGAUACUGAGUCUUUCCUGGAUCAGCAGAAGCAAGCUCGAGAGUUGGCGACCCCAGAAAACACUCCUCAAGGUGCAAACAACGCCCUCUCCCCCAACCGCAUCACACGUCCCCAGGAGAUGGAAGAUCUCAGCAACCUCAACAACCGUCUGGCCGUUUACAUCGACAACGCCCGUUCCCUGGAAGUGGAGAACGGCGGCUUGCGUUUGCACAUCACUGAAUCCGAAACAGAGGUGUCCCGGCAGCUGACGGGCCUGAAGGCCGUUUACGAGAUGGAGCUGGCGGAUGCCCGUGCGACUCUGGACUCGGAGGUCAAAGAGCGUGGACAUCUGGAGCUGGAGGUGAGCAAGCUGAGGGUGGAAUUCAAGGAGAUGAAAGCAAGGAACACGAAGAAAGAAUCCGAUCUGGCAGGAGCGCUGCAGAUGCUCAAAGACUUGGAAGCCUUGCUGAACUCCAAGGACGCGUCUUUGACGACAGAGUUACGAGAAAAGCGUCGCCUUGAAUCCUUAAACCGAGAUCUGACGACGCAGGUUGCCAAGCUCGACACCAGCUUGGGAGAUGCCCGAAAGCAGCUGCAGGAUGACAUGCUCAGGAGGGUGGAUGGAGAGAAUCACAUUCAAACCCUUGAAAAGGAGCUGGAAUUUCAAAAGAAGCUGCAUUCCGAGGAGCGCGAGGUCAAACGCCGGCACGAGUCUCGCAUGGUGGAGUUGGAAAACGCCCGCCAGGAAGAUUAUGAACCCAAACAGGCCUUGAUGGAGAUGCGAAGCCAGCAUGAACUUCAAAUUAAACUCUACAAGGAGGAGAUUGAGAAGAUUUACAACUCCAGGCUGGAAGGCGCUCGCCAGUCAGCGGACCGAAGCAGCCUGGUGGGCGCGGCGCACGAGGAGCUCCAGCAGACCCGGAUCCGACUGGAGUCCGUUUCAUCUCAAUUAAGCCAGCUUCAAAAACAGCUUGCAGCCCGUGAUGCAAAAGUGAAAGAUCUGGAGGAGGCUCUGUCUAGAGAGAGGGACCUCCUCCGGAAGAAAGUCCGAGAAAUGGCCGACAUUAUGGAGCGGAUGCAGCAGCAGCUAAUGGAUGUCAAGCUAGCGCUGGAUAUGGAGAUAAGUGCCAUGGUGCUUGACAGCGAGGAGGAGAGGAUACGCCCGACCACGUCGGCCAGCGGGAAGAGGAAGCGUCCCAACGACACGGACAGCGAGGCUUCGAGCUUCGCCGGAAGCGCUGUGGCUCGUACUCCCAUGGCCCAGCAGGCCUCUGCUAGCGGGCAGGUCACCGUGGAUGAGGUGGACCAGGACGGCAAAUAUGUCCGACUCAGCAAUAAAGCAGAUGAGGAUCAGAAUUUGGAGAACUGGCAGGUGAAGCGCCAGGUUGGAUCUUCUGCUCCCAUCGCAUUCAAGUUUCCCGCAAAGUUCAUCCUAAAGGCCGGCCGGAGAGUCACGGUAAUCAAUCUUAUCUGGAAGAUCUCAGAUACGAGGUGCUCAAUAUUUCAAUGACCUUUACAUGCUGAUCAGAUCUGGGUGGCUGGCGCUGGCGGAAACCACAAUCCUCCCUCUGAUCUAGUCUGGGAGACACAGGCCAACUGGGGAACCGGAGACCAGUUCCAGACUACCUUGAUCAACGCUAACGGAGAGG